AACAUUGCUCAAACACGCCCACAGUAUCUUUCUCUUCUCUUCUCUUCCAUUAGAAAAUGUCACAACCAACGAUUCUCCUACGUAGGACGAACAAUCAUCUCCCAGAAGAAAUCGUGUCGGAAAUCCUAUUAAGGCUACCCGUGAAAUCACUCCUAAGAUUCAGGUGCGUUUGCAAAUCUUGGUACCGUUACAUAGCCACCCCCAAUUUCAUCAAGAAUAACUUACUGUACUGCAAUGACCACAAUCGUGGUUUUUUCAUACACAUGCCCAAGACUACUGGUUCCAUGGUUUCUUCUAGUCGUCCUCACGGUCAAAUCUGUACGGUAGCUUCCCGCCACACGUUUGAAGCUAUAUCCGAGCUUAGAAUUCCCUUCACUUUUCAAUCUGGGUAUCCCCAUUUUGUGGGUUCAUGUAAUGGCAUAUUGUGUUUCUCUGAUUAUAGGUCUUUUGAGUUUAAGGAUGUAUACUUGUGGAACCCCAGUAUUAGAAAAUUUAAGAAAUUGCCCGAUACUUGCUUGACCCAGUUAUUUAAUGUGAGUCUAGGAUUUGGGUUUGAUUCCCAGAAUAAUGACUACAAGGUUGUCAGGAUUUCAGAGUCUACUGCCAAACCUAUGCCUCCCCCUGACGUUGAGGUGUACUCCUUAAGUUCGGAUUCAUGGAAAAGAGUUGGACUUGGAAUCUCCUGGAGAUCCAAUGUUGUGUUCCACAAAUUUAAUUGUACUUUGACAUUCCCGUUUGUGAGUGGAAAUUUGCAUUGGAUGAUAGAAAUGAUAGAAGGAGGUGGGCAAGAGAGGCUUUUUACUUCUAUCAUUUUGUCAUUUGAUGUCAAUAGUGAGAAAUUCAAAGAGCUACCACUGCCUGAUGAUGAAGGAAGCUGUAUUACAAAAUGUCUUACGUCAUUCAAGGAAAAACUGGCUUUGAUUAAAUUUAUAUAUGGUGUACAGCCACAUAGCUUGCUAUGCUCAAUUUGGGUGAUGGGUGAUUCCUGGAAUAAACUUCGUGUUCUCCCAAUUGAAAAUCUUACUGAUUUCAUUGGUUUCACCAACUAUGGUUUACUUCUAGUUCAAAAAAGGUCUCGGCUGGUCUCUACCAACAGUGAAUUAGAGAGGAAACAUAAGUCUGUUUUAAUUGACCCUGAAACUCUACAUGAGAAGGAGAUUCAAGUUGAUUAUCGUUUAGAUGUAGCUGCUUACAUGGAAAACCUUGCUUUACUUGAUGGAGCAAAUGUGGUAUCUUACUAAGAAGAUGGUGCUAUGUGUAUAAAAAGUGAUGUCAUCACAGUGAUAAAAAGAAUUCAUUGGAGCUAUCUAACUAUUUUUUUUCUUAAUAAGAAAAAAAUGGGGGAAGAAGAAAGAGAAAUAUAAAAAAAAAAGGAAAAAAAAGAAAAGAAAAAAAGAAAUGGUGCAUGAAAUGUUGUGUAUUUUGAGGGGGAGGUUUGGUGGGACAAGCAGCGGGUGACUUGGAACGCGAUCCCCUGGUGUCUCACGUGUGUUUAUGGAGAGAAAGGAAUGGUCAUUGUUUUGACGGGUAGGAGUAAGUGGUUUCUAAGUCUACACUAUUCAUUUAUAGUAGUUUUUAUUUCCUAUUUUUUAUAAAAUCUUUCGUUUUUCAGUUUGUAGCUAUGCCCUAUUGGAAUGAAUGUAAUAGGUAUUCUAAACUUAUUAAGUUUUGUUUUUUUUGUUUUUUUCGUAUUUGCUUAGGCUUGAUCCAUGGUGUGGGGAGGUCAUCCUUAAGGGGGCCUUUCUGGCACCAUUUCGAAUUGCCCUAAAUAAGGACACUUAUUUGGCAUGCUAUAUGCAUUGGACUAAUGGAGUUAUUCAUUGGGAUGUUCUCUUUAUCAGAUCAGUCCAUGAUUGAGAGAUGGAGAUUUUACAAUAUUUUCUUGGCCUUCUCUAUUCCCAUAAAAUUGGUGGUGCUAGGAAUGACUAGAUUUGUUGGAUUCCUGCUAGGAGUAGUAUUUUGGAAGUUAAGUCCUACUAUAAGGCUCUCACUAACGAAACGCUUCAUAUAGCUUUAAAAGAAAUAAAUGUGAGUUGCUAAAAUUUAUUAUCUGAAUUGAAACAUUUUCGCACAUCGUAUGUGUGUUACAACCAUAAUUGACAAAUAAUUAAUUUGGUCCCAGUUUUUGUUCUCUUUGAAAAAAGUUUGUUUUAGCAACUUUUUAAGUAUAAUUGACAAAUAAGUUUCUCUUUUAGAGCUUGAUGUAGUUGGUGACAAUGAGAGAACUUAGAAGAAUUUGGAGAAUAUGGGAAUAGGAUGAAGGGAAAGUUGUAAAAGUGAGAGGAAGGCUUACUUGUGCAAUUGCCCCGGUGGGAUAUUUCCAAGGGGUGGAUUAUGUGCCUUACUGCCAUUGGCCCAUUGCCAGAUUCCGUUGUCCAUAGUUGUUGUCAACCACAUAGUAUGCAAGAGGGGAUUUUUUGUGAUUAGGGAACCAAAAAAUAAAAACCAUUUUUACUCUCUCUCUCCGAAAUAAUUGUUAGGAUAAGUAACUAUAUAUAUUUAUUAUAAUUUUAUAAAGGUCUGAUUAAUUUAAAUAAUUGAUAUAUACAAUUCUGUAUGUGCUAGACCUUAGUAUAUUUUGCUCACAAUCAGUUUAAACCUGGAAAAAGAAGAAAAGGAAACCUAUUAAAAGAAAUUCAAAAUAGUAUAUAUAAUAAAUUUUAUUAAUUUUACUUAUCAAAAAAAAUUAUUAAUUUAAAAAAAUUUAAUAUAAUAAUAUAAAUUUCAAAUUAGUAAUAUUUAAAAAAUAUGGUAGGUUAUUAAAUAAUAUAAAAUACAUGAUAAAACUUUUAAAUAUCUAGAAACUCUUGGUUGUGUAAUAAAAAUAUUAUCCUAUUAUUAUUAUAUAAAUUAAAUAAUAAAGUGAUUUUUGUUGUAUACUUUUCUGAUGGAAGAUGGGAGUAAGGAAAAGGAGAGGACUUGGUAGAAGUUGAAUUUAAGAUGUAGGAGAGCUGUAAGGUUGAAGAGAGAGAAUUUUUCCAGACAGAGAAGUAGAGCAGGAAUGCUUCAAAGAGGAAGUGGACUCAAAGAUGAAUGGUGGUGAGAGCUUUGAUCAGAUAAUUGGGGUAUCUUUUACCGAAAACAUUGACGAUGGUGGAAGCCCACCAUCAAAGCAGUGGCAACAUAAGAAAGAUGGCACUAGCAACCAUAAAUAUAGAGAUUGACCAGUUUGGCCUAACUUGUUCCUUAAUAGCAGGCAGUUAUAUUUGGUAUCAAUUUGCACCUAAACGUGUUUGCUUCAUUGUUUAUGCUUCCAGAAGUAGGAUAGGUUAAAGAAAUGAGGAGGCUUGUAUUAUCAUUUUAGUUUUUCCUUCUAUCCCUUUUGAUUUUUGAAAUGUGAUUCCUCAUGUGGGACAGUAUCUUGUA